GUUUAAAGAGGAGCCCUUCCUCCCCGCUCCUUCAGUCGACCUGCAGCUCCGCUCAUCCGCUCCUGUCUACCGCCAGUGAAGAGCUAUAUUGAAAAUGUCGGACGAGGGCAAAUUGUUCAUCGGAGGACUGAGCUUCGAGACCAACGAGGAGUCUCUGGCUGCGGCCUUCGGCAAAUAUGGAACCAUCGAAAAAGUGGAUGUGAUCAGAGACAAAGAGACGGGGAGAUCUCGCGGUUUCGGCUUUGUGAAAUACGAUAACUGUGAAGAUGCGAAAGAUGCGCUGGAAGGCAUGAACGGCAAGACUCUAGAUGGACGGGCCAUCCGCGUGGAUGAAGCAGGCAAGGGUGGACGCACCAGAGGAGGUUUCGGAGCAGGACCAAGAGGAUCGCGGGGUGGAUUCGGGCGUGGGAGAGGUGGACGAGGUUACUCCAGAGGUGGAGGCUACAAUGGAGACAGGAGUUACGGUGACAGGAGUUACGGUGACCGGAGCUUUGGUAAUGAGGGCAGGUUUGGCGGCGGUGGCGGCGGCAGCCAGUACAGGAGUGGUGGAUACUCAAACUAUAGAGAAAACAGGGGGCAGGGUGGAUAUAGUGAUCGCUCUGGAUCCUACCGCGAUAAUUACGACAGCUAUGCUGCACACGAGUAAACAUCUCCCUGAUUCAAGAUCAUCACUUGGCUGGCUGUAUUUCAAAGAUGCGCUCCUCAAGAAAAAUGUCCACGUGUUAUUGCUGACCUUUAGUUUUGUAGUUCUGUUGUAGUAGCUCAAGCAUCUUAAAAAAAAAAAAUGUAGCCAUGAGUUUUGGUCAUUCCUUAACAAACCAUGUUACAAAUUACAGUUCAAGACCCUUACCUUGCUUGAUUGGGCACCUCUAUUCCUCAAAGGUCGUUUGUUAACUACAAGGCAUCUGUGUUCUCUGAUUAGUACUGUCAAGUCCCAAUUUGGGGAUCGAACAACGGCUCUCUACAUGGCUUUUCCUUGAACAGCCACUACCAUCGCUUUAGACUUUUUAACCAGCACGUUAAAGUGUCUCCUGAUUUUUGAUUCCUUGUUUAGUUUUUUUAUAUAUAUCUAUAUUGAUAUCCGAUGGGGCUUUUUUUUUGUUUGUUUUUUUCCCUUUGCUCAUUUCCCCUCUCAGUCUCUGUGGCCAACCUACCUCUUGACAGGUUUUAAACUGAGUGAGGAAAGAAAUAACUCCAAAAAACAGACUUUUGGGGGAUUUUAUGCUAAAUUCCUUUUUACUAUUAAAAAGUCUAGCUGAGGCUCCUGUAUGUUCAAUUUCCCAAAAGAGUGAAUUCCUUUCAGACUGGUGAACUACACAUCCGAAGUGGCCGGCUGUUCAUGAAGUUGCAAAUUGCAGCAUGCUACAGUCUGUCCAAGGUAUCUUCUGUGCUCUGCUCAACAUCUGCAUUUUAAAUGUGCUGUAAAAUGGACUAAUCUUGUUUAAGUGAUCGAAAAAUGUAACUUAGUUUCCCCAAAGUAAUAUCUCAACCGGGAACAGUUUUGUACUUUUUGUUCUUUGUAUGAUCAACGUUUUUUUUUCUUUGUCAGUUUGGCUUCAUGGAGCCUAUUAAACAGACUGUGGAAAAUAA